AGAAGAUUAGUUAUGGCGGUUCAGGUUGAGCUGAGUUAUUUGGAGACUUUCCCGUCUCACCUCAGUCCUCUGGAUGUUUUGAUGUUAAAACCACACUUGGACCGUGUCUUCCUAAAUGACACGGAUCCGCUGACCGUCCUCUUCACUCCUCAGGAGCCUCAGAGCUCCGGCAGGACGGGCAUUUUACUGCGUGUUCACCAAACUACCGAGGAAGAGACGGCCGACGGAGUGACCUGUCCUACAGCCAACACCGAGUCAGCGCCACGGGUUCGGCUCUUUACCAGCCGGCUCUUCCUGCGGCACCACGGGCUCCAGCAGUUCAGAGGUACCGGAACCGUCCGAGCCGUGGAGCCCGUCAGCCUGGACAGAGUCGUAGUUGGAGCCCGCAGCAGGCAGAGCCUCCGCCUGGCUGGAUCGGAGCAGUUCACCGACAGGUUGCUGGAACUCUGCCGCCCGGGACACUGGCUGCUGGCUCGGCAAGGAGACCCGCUGCUGCUCCCCCGACAUACAAUCCCAGGAGAAGACCCCGGACAGCAUCAGCUGUUGGAGCUGCUGGUGCUGGAGUGCAGUCCUGUAAAACAGGGGAGGAUCACAGCUGAUACCUCUCUGGUUCUGACAGAUUGCUGGGACUCAGUCACCCCCCCACCCUGCAGGCCACUCAGACUCUGCGUGUCAGACUUUGCUCAUUACGCUGACGGCCUUUCUGCUGGCCCAUGUCUGCUUGACAACAGGAGCGUGCUGGAUUCUGGGUUCCCAGGUGUCCCGUGUCCACUGCUAUGCAGAGUGGAAGUUCGGGUGAUGGACACCCAGCGAUGGCUCGAGCUCAAAGAACAAUGUGGGGUAGCCGUGGACCUGCACAGCUGCGUGUUUGUGACCAAACAGCUGCUUCUCAGACUGGGGCUUUUCAACCAGGAGUGGGUACGGCUGUCGAAGCUGGGCGAAUCCAGAGGACCCACAGGAGAGGGCGAUGUCACGGGGGGCGUCUGCAGAGAGAGGCUGGCCUCUGUGGUGGUGAUGGAUCUGCCACCGAGUCCAGAACUACAGAGCCGUGACAACCUGGGCCUCAUAUCACCUACUCUGUGGUUCAACAUGACUGGAGGAGAAGUGAUCCCUGUAAACAGCUUCAUGCUCAGGAUGAAGAGGUGGGACCCCCCUCCUCCACAACACAGUGGUUGUCGCUCCGACACGUUCUGCCGCUCGGCGUCUCCACCGUAUGCCAGCGAGCUCCACAUCCAGCUGGUCACCUGUCCAUUCUACAACAACCGGGGCUGCUAUGACAACCUGCUGGCUCAACAUUUCUGCACGCCCAGUUUGUCUGGGCUCGUUUUUAGGCUGGUGUCACCAGGAGACGUUCUGACUGUUCCAGCUGGAAACCACCCAGACCUGCUCGAGACCCCCGCUGAAGGGAUCCACAGGUGUCCGGUGCUGUUCUUCAGGGUGCAGAAGGUAUGCUCGUCUGCAGGAAGAGAAGAAGGAGGAGGAGCUUACUUGGCCAGCAGACAGCGUACCUCGCUCUAUAUGGGAACAUCUGUAAACAGCCCCGUCCCAUGCUCUCUUGUGGAGGGAGCAGCUCUGUCUCCUCCAGGCCUUAACGAGACUGUGGAGCUCCUCAUCGACACCAUCCUGCCUCACCUGCAGCACAGCAGCUCUCUGUCUGGUUGCACUGUCCUCCUUCACGGUGCUGCAGGAAGUGGAAAGAUGGCAGCAGUGAGGGCAGCAAGUGGCAGACUAAACCUCCACCUGCUGAAGGUAGACUGUGUGAGCCUGUGCGCUGACAGUCCUGCAGCCUCUGAGGUAAAGCUGGCGUCAGUGUUUCAGAGGGCCGAGGCCCUGCAGCCCUGCGUUCUGCUGCUCAGGAACCUGCAGCUCGUCCUCAGAUCACGAGGGGCUGCCGAGAGCGACUGCAGGGUCCAGGCAAAGCUCUGCCAGCUGCUCAGCUGCGCCCCCACCAGUGUGGUGAUGGUGGCAACUGUCUGCAAAGCUCGAGAUUUGCCUGCAGGCGUCAUGGCAGCGUUUGUCCAUCAGGUAGCAGUAGAGAGUCCAACUGCAGAGCAGCGGCGUGCCAUGCUUUCCAGCCUGAGCAGAGACCUGCACUUAGGGAAGGAUGUCAACUUGGAGAACCUCUCCAGACUCACCACAGGUUUCGUGUUGGGGGAUCUCAGUGCUUUGCUGGUUGAGGCUGGUAGAGCUGCCUGCAGGAGGUUGAUCCACAGCUGUGGUGCUCGGCAGCAGGAGGAUCUGUGCUGCAGCGGAGUGACCGUCCUGAACCAGGACUUCACCUCCGCUCUGGAGAUCCUGCAGGACACCCUGUCCAAGGCCAUCGGGGCCCCGAAGAUACCUAAUGUGCGCUGGGAGGAUGUCGGCGGUCUCCAGCACGUGAAGAAGGAGAUCCUGGACACGGUUCAGCUUCCUUUGCAGUGUCCUCAGCUCUUGUCUCUGGAUCUGAACCGGACUGGAAUCCUGCUGUGUGGACCACCAGGGACGGGAAAGACUCUGUUGGCCAAAGCUGUGGCUACUGAGUGCUCCAUGACUUUCCUCAGUGUCAAAGGUCCGGAGCUCAUCAACAUGUACGUGGGUCAGAGUGAAGAAAACAUCAGAGAAGUUUUCCACAGAGCACGCUCAGCAGCUCCCUGCGUCAUCUUCUUUGAUGAGCUAGACUCUCUGGCUCCCAGCAGAGGGCGCAGUGGAGACUCUGGAGGGGUGAUGGACAGAGUUGUGUCUCAGCUGUUGGCUGAGCUUGAUGCGCUGCACUCAUCUGGUGGGGUUUUUGUAAUCGGAGCCACAAAUCGUCCAGACCUGCUGGACCAGUCGCUGCUCCGACCUGGCAGGUUUGAUAAGCUGGUCUACAUGGGAAUCAAUGAGGAUCGUGUUUCCCAGCUGCAGGUUUUUCAGGCCAUCCUCAGAAAGUUUCAGUUGGACCCUGCUGUGAAUCUCCAAGAGGUGGUGGACUGCUGCCCUGCUCACAUGACCGGUGCUGACCUAUACGCUCUCUGUUCAGAUGCCACGAUGGCAGCCAUCAAGAGGAAGAUCUCUCUCAUCAAUGACGGUCUAGACUCUGAAGACUCUCCUGUCCUCCUCUCCACUGAGGAUUUCUCCACUGCUUUAGAAAACUUCAAGUCAUCAGUUUCUGAUGAGGAGCUCCUGCGAUACAAAGACAUUCAACAAAAACUCGCUGCAAAGUAGAAACACACAGACAUCUGUUCGUCAUGAGGCUGACAGAUGUUCGACAGUUUCAUUUAAAUCACCUCAGACAAAUCUCUGCUGUACAACACUGCACGGCAAUGUAAAUCAUGUAAACAGAAGCUGGUAAUAUAUUUAAUUAAUAAAGACACUAAUGAAAAGUG